AUGCUGUUAUGCCCAUGGAUGAAACCUCUCUGGAAGGAUCCAAACACCUGUCCAAUCACAGAGGACUUUUUUGACUGACAGCCCCAAACUAAACAGUGUCCAAUCAAAGAGGACUUCUUUGGCUGACAGCCUCAACCUAAACAGUGUCCAAUCUGAGAGGACUUUUUUUGCUGAUGGCCUCGAUCUAAAUACUGUCCAAUCAGAGAGGACUUCUUUGGCUGACAGCCUCAAUCUAAAUACUGUCCAAUCAGAGAGGACUUUUUUGGCUGAUGGCCUCGAUCUAAAUACUGUCCAAUCAGAGAGGACUUCUUUGGCUGACAGCCUCAAUCUAAAUACUGUCCAUUCAGAGAGGACUUCUUUGGCUGACAGCCUCAAUCUAAAUACUGUCCAAUCAGAGAGGACUUCUUUGGCUGACAGCCUCAAUCUAAAUACUGUCCAAUUAGAGAGGACUUCUUUGGCUGACGGCCUCGAUCUAAAUACUGUCCAAUCAGAGAGGACUUCUUUGGCUGACGGCCUCGAUCUAAAUACUGUCCAAUCAGAGAGGACUUUUUUGGCUGACGGCCUCGAUCUAAAUACUGUCCAAUCAGAGAGGACUUCUUUGGCUGACAGCCUCAAUCUAAAUACUGUCCAAUCAGAGAGGACUUCUUUGGCUGACAGCCUCAAUCUAAAUACUGUCCAAUCAGAGAGGACUUCUUUGGCUGACAGCCUCAAUCUAAAUACUGUCCAAUCAGAGAGGACUUCUUUUGCUGACAGCCUCAAUCUAAAUACUGUCCAAUCAGAGAGGACUUCUUUGGCUGACAGCCUCAAUCUAAAUACUGUCCAAUCAGAGAGGACUUUUUUGGCUGAUGGCCUCGAUCUAAAUACUUCCAAUCAGAGAGGACUUUUUUGGCUGAUGGCCUCGAUCUAAAUACUGUCCAAUCAGAGAGGACUUCUUUGGCUGACAGCCUCCAUCUAAAUACUGUCCAAUCAGAGAGGACUUCUUUGGCUGACAGCCUCAAUCUAAAUACUGUCCAAUCAGAGAGGACUUCUUUGGCUGACAGCCUCAAUCUAAAUACUGUCCAAUCAGAGAGGACUUUUUUGGCUGACAGCCUCAAUCUAAAUACUGUCCAAUCAGAGAGGACUUCUUUGGCUGACAGCCUCAAUCUAAAUACUGUCCAAUCAGAGAGGACUUCUUUGGCUGACAGCCUCAAUCUAAAUACUGUCCAAUCAGAGAGGACUUUUUUGGCUGAUGGCCUCGAUCUAAAUACUUCCAAUCAGAGAGGACUUUUUUGGCUGAUGGCCUCGAUCUAAAUACUGUCCAAUCAGAGAGAACUUCUUUGGCUGACAGCGUCGAUCUAAAUACUGUCCAAUCAGAGAGGACUUCUUUGGCUGACAGCCUCAAUCUAAAUACUGUCCAAUCAGAGAGGACUUCUUUGGCUGACAGCCUCAAUCUAAAUACUGUCCAAUCAGAGAGGACUUCUUUGGCUGACAGCCUCAAUCUAAAUACUGUCCAAUCAGAGAGGACUUCUUUGGCUGACAGCCUCAAUCUAAAUACUGUCCAAUCAGAGAGGACUUCUUUGGCUGACAGCCUCAAUCUAAAUACUGUCCAAUUAGAGAGGACUUCUUUGGCUGACAGCCUCAAUCUAAAUACUGUCCAAUCAGAGAGGACUUUUUUGGCUGACGAUUCCAACCUAAACAGUGUCCAAUCAGAGAGGACUUCUUUGGCUGACAGCCUCAAUCUAAAUACUGUCCAAUCAGAGAGGACUUCUUUGGCUGACGAUCCCAACCUAAACAGUGUCCAAUCAGAGAGGACUUCUUUGGCUGACGGCCUUGAUCUAAAUACUGUCCAAUCAGAGAGGACUUCUUUGGCUGACAGCCUCAAUCUAAAUACUGUCCAAUCAGAGAGGACUUCUUUGGCUGACAGCCUCAAUCUAAAUACUGUCCAAUCAGAGAGGACUUCUUUGGCUGACACCCUCAAUCUAAAUACUGUCAAUCAGAGAGGACUUCUUUGGCUGACAGCCUCAAUCUAA